GACAAGUGGAUAUAGUGGAACAAUAUUUAUAAAUGACAAACCCCRAGUAUUGRAAUCGUUUCAGAAACAAUCAUGUUACAUUAUGCAAGAAGACCAACUUCAUGUGCAAUUAACAGUCAGAGAAGCUAUGGAAUUCGCAUUAAAGUUGAAAUGCUUGACUUUAUCAUUAAACGCAAGCAGGCUUAAAAUGAUAGAUUUGAUUUUAGAAAAUUUGAAUCUGCUUAAAAUUCAAGACACAGCUACAAUGAAUUUAUCUGGUGGCGAACGUAGAAAACUAUCCAUUGCAUUAGAACUGGUCCAUAAUCCAAGCAUCAUGUUUUUUGACGAACCAACCAGUGGAUUAGAUAGUUUGUCAGCAAAUCAAGUGUUGGCCACUUUAAGGGAGCUAGCAAACACUAGCCGUAACAUCAUUUGUACAAUACACCAAGCUUCUGCUUCACAAUUGAAGAUAUUUGACAUUCUUUAUGUACUAACUCCAUCUGGCCAAUGUAUUUAUCAUGGUUUGACAUCAAAUCUUUUAGAUUAUAUGGCUGUCCAAGGUUUAAGAUGUCCAUUGUAUCACAAUGCUGCAGACUACAUUAUUGAAAUAAGUCUUGGAGAGUAUGGAGAUCAAACUGAAAAAUUAGUAAAAUAUAUCGAUAAUGGAAAGUCUACAGAAUGGUUAAAGAAUACAUAUCAAAAAAAUUUAAUUAAAGAAGAUCAGUUGGUAGUUGUUAACAUCAAUGACGAAUGUAAAAAUAAACAGUUUACCAAUAAUUUGAUUCAAAUUGUUAUUUUAUCGCAUAGGUGUACAGUUAAGACAUUAAGAGAAAAAUUUAUUAUUACAAGAUUGAUGGUUCAUAUUAUUGUUAGUGCUGUAUAUGGUUGGAUUUACUUCGGUGUUGGUAUUAAUGCAUCAUUUAUACACGAUAAUCUAAUGUUAUUGUUCUUCAGUUUGCUAUUUAUUAUGUAUACUGCUAGUUCAUCAAUGAUAAUCAACUUUCCCUUAGAAAUUCCAAUACUUUCAAAAGAGCAUUUCAACCAGUGGUAUUCCUUGUCAUCAUAUUAUCUGAGUUUCACAAUAAUAGAUCUACCAAUUCAGGUUUUAUGUACUUUUUUGUACUGUGUAGUCUUGUACUAUUUCACUGGACAGCCACUUGAAUGGCCAAGGUUUGGAUUGUAUAUACUCAUGAUGAUAAUGGUAGGACUGUUAUCACAGACCAUAGGCAUGUUAACGGGAACAUUGUUCAACGAUUUAAAAUUUAGCACAAUUCUAACGAGCUUCCUGCUCAUGCCAUGGAUGAUGUUUGGUGGAAUUUUUAUUAAAAUAUCUGACACGCCAGAGAUUUUUCGAUGGUUGUUUGACAUUUCUUUUAUGAAACAUGCCAUGGAAGGAAUAGUGCAUUGUGUUUAUGGUUUGGAUCGAUCCAGGUUAUAUUGUCCUAAAUUUUACUGUUACAGCUCUUCGCCAUCAAAUAUAUUAAAAGAUUUAGACAUGCCAGUCAACAAGUAUUGGUUUAAUUUACUUGUUGUUGUCACUAUUUACUUGUUAUUGAAGGUAUUAACAUAUUUAGUAUUGAAAAAAAGGUUAGAGAUUCACUGAUGUCCCUCCAUACAUAGUUUUAUGUUUCAUAUGUCACUGUAUACAGAUUAGGGGUCGCGGUUGUGAACAGGUAUUAGAAUACACGGAGCCCGGAUACGCGGGCAAAAAAUAUAUUAAAGCCCGUAUAUUUAAUAUCUUCGUGUAUAAUACCCGUGUAUACCCGUGCGUAUAUUGUAUAUUAAUUCAGAAUUCAAUCAGAUAUACUUUAAUAUAAAUAUUUUUUUUGCUAACUUUUCCUUACUCUUUAUACGAGUCUUUAUAAGAAUAAAUAGCACAACACAUUAAUUAUAUUAAUACUCAUUUAUUAUAAGUUA